AUGUCAAGCCCUGCCACUGCUGGAAAUGAAACUGACUGGUCUAUGGAGAAUUUAACAAUGAUAGACAUGUCUUUCUACACCUCUUUAAAGACAGAACAAUUGGUCACUCUUUGGGUCAUUUUCCUUGUCACCAUCACCGGGAACAGCCUCGUCCUGAUUUCCAUGUGGAGGAACCGGGAAAAAAAAUCUAGGAUGACUUUCUUUGUCACUCAGCUAGCCAUAGCAGAUAUGCUGGUGGGCCUCAUUAAUAUACUGAGUGAUAUCAUCUGGCGCUUCACUGGGAACUUCUUGGCUCCUGAUUUCAUAUGUAAAAUUUUAAAGUACUUUCAGGUGGUUUUGCUGUAUGCAUCAACGUAUGUGUUGGUUUCCCUAAGUAUUGACAGAUAUCAUGCCCUGGUACAUCCUCUAAAAUUCCUACAAGGAGAAAAGCAAGCCAAGAUCCUCACUGCGGUUUCUUGGGCCCUCUCCUUCCUCUUCUCAACCCCUUCUCUCAUCAUAUUUGGGAACAAACAGAUGUCAAACGGAGAGAUCCAGUGUCUGGGAGAGUGGCCUGAGGAGUAUUACUGGGUUCCUUAUAUGAUCAUUGUGGCUUGCCUGGUCUUCUUCAUCCCUCUCAUCAUCAUCAGCGUCUUUUACUCCAUUGUUAUAUGGACCAUCUGGAAUAAGAGCAAAAGACAAUCAGUGAUGUUUGCAGACCAGAGUGAUAGAUCAAAAGUUGGAAAGCAUGCUCAGAGGGGUCUGAUACCAAAGGCUAAAAUAAAUGCAGUCAAGUACAGCGCUGUAGUUAUUUUUGCCUUCGUGAUGUGCUGGAGUCCAUACUUUGUGUUUGACAUGCUGGACAAUUUCAAGGCAAUCCCCCACACAGAUGAGAGGUUCUUUGCAUCCAUCAUUAUUCAGCACCUGACUGUACUCAACAGUGCCAUCAAUCCUUUCAUUUACUUCAUCUUCAGUGUUAAAUGGUGCACACCCUGCAGGAAAAGCAAACAGGAGGUGCCCAGAGGAAUUACCGAAGAAGCAGCAGAAAGGGGGGCAGGACAAGAGUCUGUGCUGUAG